UUUAAAUCGCCGCGAACGUUCGCUCAAAAUUAAACAGCUUGUAUUUAAUUAGACCAUUCACACUAUGUAAAGCAAGCGGAUAAAAUCCGCCAUCGUCCGCAAUCGAUCGCGCAUGUUUAAUUUUAGGCGAACAUUCGCCCAAAACGGCUAAAAUUAAACACGUUGUUUUGACUGGGUCUAUUCACACUGGGCGAUUGUUCGCGCGCGUUUUCGCGAAUAUUCUAUUUUAAAUAUUUUAAAAUAAUUUAAAAUAUCAAAAUAUUAAUAUUUUACAUUUUAGUGGUCAGUUAUUGAUAGAUCGUUACUGGUGGUAAGUACGUUACAUACAUCAUACGUCUGAUCGUCUGAAGUAUACAUUUUUAUAAUUUUAAAUUGUUUUUCAAUAUGAGUUCAGCUAGUUUUGAUCUAGAAUCUUUUAUUAUUGAGAUAUCUCAAGAAAACUCAAUCUGGAAUUUAGAAUCAAAAGAGUACCACGACAAAAUUGAAAAACAAAAGAGCUGGUUAAAGAUUGCAAAGGCUACUCUAAACGAUUUUGACAAGCUUGAAGCAACCGAGAAAAAAGUCAAAAUUAUUGAACUGCAGAAAAAAUGGAAAAAUUUGAGGGAUACUUAUAAAAAAAAAUGUGUGACAAAAUCAGGCCAAGCAGCGAAUAAAAAAAAAAAAUACGUAUACUCAGAAAUUUUAGAGUUUUUGCGACCAACUAUGGAAAAUAGAAGAACAGAGGGAAAUUAUAGCGAUGAUGAGGAAGAAACAGAGGACGAACAAGGCAAUAAUAAGGAACAUGAUGAAACGGUGGAAGGGGAUUUCAUUGAUGCAAAUGAAAAGUCUAUGCGUGCUUCUUCCGAUGAAGCACUUACAAAUUUAAAAACUAUAAAAAAACGUAAAAAAAAAAAUAUUAAUUUUGAAGAAGAAUUAUUGAAAUCUUUAAACAGCCAAAAAGAAGAAGAAUCCGACCCAGAUAAAUUAUUUUUAUUGUCGCUCUUGCCCCAAAUGAAAUCUGUCGGUGAAGACAAAAAGCCAAUGCUCUACGUUGAGCUAAUAAACACCAUACAAAGAGUAAAAACGCUUCCUCAAGAUAAUACAGCAUUACAUCGCCAGUUAUACCAAACCAACUCAUAUUCGCAGUCAUUAUCGGAACCUGCAAUGUAUCCUAUUACUAAUCCUGCAAUGCAAUCUACAUUUCAGUCAUCAUCGUAUUCAAACGGUUUUAACUAUACUAAUAUUUAA